UGAAAUGAAUAUUUUCAUGUUACUGUCCAUGCAUUAUGUUUUCUAACCAUUAAUACCGGUCACCGACUAGUUGAGAAUUUGAUAUAUACGUCAGAAUAAUCAUCCAUGUAUCAACUUAUAAGACAUCCUCUACAGAUAAGAACAAUGUAUAGUUUCCUAGUUGAGACUUUAAAAACAUAUUUUAAAAAAAUAAAAUUAAAAGUUCCAAACGAUGUUUAUUACGUGAUGAACUGUAUAUCUAUAUGUGAUUAUUAACGCAGUAUAUACUCUAAUGAUUAAUGAAAUUUUACCCAGCUUGGAAGUAUUAAAAGAAGAAAAAGUAAUGUUACGGUUUCGAUUAUGCAUUGGGAAACACUAAACUAGUGCUCGAUGUCAAGUUUUACGGACGAAGUGUGAUCUAAGGAUUUAGCUUGUAAAACUACCCUAACAAAAUAUUAACUGCAGUAUGCACAUGUUAUCUUUACUAAUUUGUCAUCAAAUCUUUAGGUAAACGCAUUGAUAAUUAGCUCGCAUGUAACAGUUUAAGAGUGAAUUUCUAUAAAAACAUAUAAAUUGUCGUCUAAUGCCAUAAAUGAUUACUUCUAGGUGAACAUUCUUGGAAACAAUCACAUGUGCUUCUUGAACUUUUACUUGAAAUAAACCUCUGACUUGUAUUGACUUUCUUGUUUAAUUACAUUUAGUUACGUUCGAUCUAUGAGUAAACAAUGUAAUUAGAUAUCAAUUUGUUAACUCGACAAAAACCCAACAAAAGUGUGAAAACAUUUAUGGUGUACGUAACGUAGUAAAAUAUAAAUAUAUGGGUUCCCUGCGAGUAAUGGCUUACGUACCUUGAGAACAAUUAUUUAUAAAGUUAAACAAAUGUAAACUACUUGCAAUAAAUGAAGCCACAUGGAUAUAGUGGUCGCAAAAUUAAAUUUCUAUAUAACUAUGAUAUAUAUACACACAAUAUGGACAGAUUUGAAAUUUCUUUGGUUGGUGAAAAAAAAUUUAAUUGUAAAUAAAUCAUUUUUGUAUAUUUCAUUUGAUGUAAUCUUGUGUGUUUUGUGUCAAAUAAAAAAUCUGGUGUGUUUUCUCUCUUUGAGUAUUUACGUGUCAGGGUGAAGUUGCACUAUGCAUUAUCUUUUUGAAGAAAAAUACAUAAAUUUUCUUACAAUCGAUCAAACACAUUUAAUCAUGUGAUUUUCUUACCAACUUGUACAUCAGAUGCGUUCACUUUGUGAAGAUUACUUAAUUACGAGUGUAUGCAUGCGUCGGUGUGUAUGUGGUAGAACAAGAAUACGGGGACCCGCAAUCAGUUGAAGCCUAACUGCAUCAACGCACGGCCCUGUUAAAUGUUAUACCGUAUUAUACGGACACUCUAGUAAUCUCAUUUUAAAUCCGUAAAGAAACAAACAAAAUCUUACGUACAUGAUACAUUGAUACUAGUAUUUAGUUAGCGAGUGAUAGCUUAGAUCACUUUUUUACAUAAAAGUAUUCCAAUAUGAUCAAAUGAAUUGGAUCGAAUCGGAACGUAGGAUUUAGUUCAGAGUGAUUCUCAAUUGGCCACUCGCAAAUUGACCAAGGAAAAUGCAUGAGCUUACCCAUGUGCGGACCACGUGCGUUUGCUUUUCUCUUGGCUUAUAUCAAAAAUUGCCUUAUUGAAUUUUUUUAAUAUAUAAGAUUUGCUACCUUUUUAAAAAAAUCAUUCUAAAUACUUAAAACUCCUAUAAAAGCUGUUCACUAAUUUGUAUAAAAUUAUGAAAUAUGUAUAUAUGAUUAUUAAGUCAUACACAGUGCCGAAUGUUAAGAAAGUACUAAAGCGGGGAAUUUUCAAAUUUUAAAUGUUAUAAAACAGUUCAAUAAUAAUCUUAAAAAAAAAACUAUUUUCCUGAAUGUGGAAAUUUUUAAACAAAAACCAAAUUCGGUGGAAUAUAAUAUACAUAUUUUUAUUAGAUCCACGAGGCAAGAAAUGCGGAAUUACAAAUUCGUUGUUUUCUCAUUAAUAAAAAUACUUUAUAAAAUGAUUUUUUUUAAAAAAAAUAUAAUAAGAUAUAGCCGCAAAACUCCUUUGAAGCAUCAUCUCUCCCUCCAUAAGUAGCCUCCCUACCUCCCUCCUCCUUCACACACUUUUCUCUUUCUCUCAAAACUUUUUUCCGUACCGAAGAAAAAUAUGGCGGCGAAAAUAAUGACACUAAUGGUGGUUGCUGCUCUGGUGGCGACCACAGUGAACGCCAGAAUCCCCGGCGUAUACACUGGAGGUCCCUGGGUCAACGCUCACGCCACCUUCUACGGCGAAGCUGAUGCUUCCGGCACUAUGGGUGGUGCGUGUGGGUACGGGAACUUGUAUAGCCAAGGUUACGGUGUGAACACUGCGGCUUUAAGCACUGCCUUAUUCAACAAUGGUUUGAGUUGUGGCGCUUGCUUUGAGCUCAAAUGUGUAAAUGAUCCAGGCUGGUGUCUUCCCGGAAACCCAUCAAUUCUUAUCACGGCUACUAAUUUCUGUCCACCUAACUUUGCUCAAGCUAGCGACAAUGGUGGUUGGUGUAACCCACCUCGUGAACACUUUGACCUUGCCAUGCCUAUGUUUCUAACCAUCGCUAAGUAUAGGGCCGGUAUUGUCCCCGUUUCUUACCGCAGGGUCCCAUGUAGGAAGAAGGGAGGUAUAAGAUUCACGAUCAAUGGAUCCAAGUACUUCAACUUAGUGUUGGUCACUAACGUAGCCGGAGCCGGAAACGUCCAGAUGGUCAGUGUGAAAGGUAGCAACACAGCUUGGUUAGGUCUUAGCAGGAAUUGGGGACAAAACUGGCAAUCCAACGCAAUUCUUGUCGGCCAAUCUCUUUCUUUCAGAGUCAAAACCUCCGAUGGCCGAAGCUCCACCUCCAACAACAUAGUUCCCAGUAACUGGCAAUUUGGUCAGACUUUCUCCGGCAAGAAUUUUCGCGUCUGAAGAUUAACAAAAAUCUUCGGAAGACAUAUUUGAAUCUUUAUUUCUCUCUUUCUUAUAUAAUAUAUAUAUUUACGUGUCUUUAAUAUUAGUUACGGUUUGGAAUUGGGGUUUUACCAUUUUUCCCUUAUUUUCUCAGGGAAAGUAUUGGGAUUGCUUGGUUUGGAAGUUAGGGUUUUAUUUUAAAACAUUUAGGCUUUGUUUUUGGUGUGUUGUGUCUUGUUUGGUUAUGUAGUGAAGGCUGAAGCGGCUUCAAAGAGAAAGGGUUGGGAUAAAGAUAAAUGUAGCCCGCAGCUCUCCUUUAUGCUCUGAUUGUAUUAAGUAUAUAUAAAUAUAUGAUAUUAAGAAACUUAUAUAAAUAAAUAAACGAUUGGCUAUUUGCUUAUCUUCAA